CAGGCGGCUCCAUGGCGGCGUCCCGGGCGCUGCGGUGGCUGCGCCGGGCGGGGGGUUGGGGGGAGGGGGAGGGGUGGGUGGGGGGGUGGGGUCCCCCUCCCCUUCCCCCCCGCCCCCGGCGGGGGCUGCACGCGGCGGGGGGCGCGGCGCGCGCCGGGCACAACCGCUGGUCCAAGGUCCGGAACGUGAAGGGGCCGCGCGACGCCGCCAGGGGGCGCCUGUUCCAGCGCCUCGCGCUGCUGCUGCGCGCGGCCGCACGGCAGGGAGGCCCAGACCCAUCACUCAACGCCCAGUUGGCCAACGUGGUAGAGCAAUGCCGGGCCAAGAACAUGCCCAAGGCCUCCAUCGAGGCCGCCAUCCACAGCGCGGAAAAAGCGGGGUCGGCCACCCACACGGGUGGUCUACGAAGCCCGCGGUGCCGGCGGUUGGGUUCUCCUGGGUGGAGGUCAUCACCGAUGACCCGCGGCGGAGCCAACGCGACCUCCGUGGAGUCCUCACCCGCCACGGGGGGACGCUGGCGGAUGGAGCGCGUCACGGCUUUGAGGAGCAGGGGGUGGUGCGCGUGGGGCGGCGGGACCGACACGGGCGCCCGCGUCACAUUGGAGGCGGCGUUGGAGGCGGCGGCGGAGGCCGGGGCGCAGGAUGUCUGCGAGGAGGAGGAGGAGGAGGAGGAGGAGGAAGAGGAGGAGGAGCAGGCGCUGAAGUUCAUCUGCGAGGCCUCGGCCCUGCGGAGGGUGCGGGACCACCUGGAGACCUCGGGGCUGCGCCCGUUCUCGGCCACCGUCGAGUACGUCCCCCGCGCCCGCGUGACGCUGCCGGAGGGGACGCAGGAGCAGGAGAAGCUCCUCCAGGCCCUCAGUGACUGCCCUGACGUCGUCCGCCUCUACCACAACAUCCAAUAGGAGACUGUUUUAUUGGGAGGGGGUGUCCCCCCGCCAAAGGGGGGGGGUCCCGCUCCCCCUCCCCCCCUCUCCCCCACCCACCCCCAGUGGCUGCGAUGACAAUAAAGAGCCCGGUGUGAC